AUGAGUCAGUCAGCAGCUGCAGCCGGUCACGCGGUUAACGGGAUCCAGGGCGACGACGAAGACGCGAUCGAGCGGAUGCUCGGCCGUAUGGGCGACCUGCGUGUGUCGGAAGCUAUGCGCGCUGCGAACGUCUUGAUGGACAACGAGAAGGAAGAAGAGGAAGAAGAGGAAGAGGAAGAGGAAGAAGAAGACGAGGAGGACGACUCGAGCGCUUACUCGAGCGCUUGGGACGACGACGAGGACGAGGACAAUGAAGUCGAAGGCAGUGAAGAAGAGGAGGAGACGAGCUGGAUCAUCUGGUUCUGCUCUCUGCGCGAGAACAGCUUUCUGUGUGAGGUGGACGAGGACUACAUUGAGGACGAUUUCAACCUCACGGGGCUCAGUAGCAUCGUGCCGUACUACGACUACGCGCUGGAUAUUAUCCUCGACAUUGAGACGCCGAACGACACGAACCUCACGCAGAUCCAGCAAGAGAUGAUUGAGUCAGCGGCCGAGAUGCUCUAUGGACUGAUCCACGCUCGCUACAUCUUGACGACGAAAGGCAUGGCUGCCAUGCUGGACAAGUACCAGAACGUCGACUUUGGACGUUGCCACCGCGUGUAUUGCCAAGGUCAGGCUGUGCUGCCAGUCGGCCAGUCUGAUGUGCCGCGGCACACGACGGUCAACGUCUUUUGCCCCAAGUGCCGAGACGUCUUCUUUCCCAAAUCGCAACGAGCAGGCCAGAUUGACGGCGCGUACUUUGGUGCGACCUUCCCGCAUAUGUUCCUCAUAACGCAUCCCCACCUUGUGGUCUCGCCGCCGACGCAGACAUACGUGCCGCGCGUGUUUGGCUACAAGAUUCAUAGCUCGAGCGAGUACUACACGGGCAAGAAGAAGAGUGCGUCCAGUCGCGAGCGGGAAAAGUAUCGUAGGGUCAAAUCGAUGCACGGUCGAUUGAAAAGUCGACCGAAAGACGAGCAGGCUAGGUGA